AUGUCCUCCACCCCAGCACGUAGCCCAAAACACACACGCGCCUCCUCCGUUCCAUUGUCACCAGAGAAAGCGGCACCACCGGCCUACGCCCUCACACCUGUCAAGUCGGCGGCGGCGACGUCGUCGUCCACGUCCCCUCGACCCGCCGCCCACGAUGGAGGCGCCGCAUUCGAACCCGCGCCCAAGCCCACGUCCGUCCUGCAUCCGCGCAUCGCCGUCAUGCUGAACGUCCCGACACAAUGGCACGCUUGGCUCUUUGCUCUGCGACUUGGAUCUAUACUGCCUGCCAUACGGUGGGGCACGCCUUCGGCGCUACACCUGCUCCUGCGGUUGCUGCAAACCGUCGUAGGCGAGGAGGGCUAUGAGCUCCUCCGUGAAGGUGCGAGGUGUAGGAGUACACCCUGGACAGAGAGUGUGCUGGGCUGUGUCUGGUGUUUUGCCAGCGGCUACCUGAGCUUCUUCUUUACGGACUGCCUCAUGUCACGCUGGCUCAUAAACUACACCCCGCAAGCCACAAUUGUCCGCCUCCUUGCUAUCAACGCCGUGAACGCCUACAUCACUAGUACCGUGCUCUCUUUGGCCGGCGGAUUCCAGGACACGCGACUCCUCUUGCCCGGUUGGAUAGGUAUUGCGACCACACUCACAGUUUGCUACCACAUUACGCACCAAAAGAUCAACAUCCGGAAAGAAACGUCUACAUCGCUUAAUGUGUUUUCGAUUGCGAGCUACAUCACCAUGCUCACACUGCUGGUACACAUGUACAAGUACCAGCCCGAGUACCCUGUCAUGCCCGUAGUCACGAAGACGAAGCAUUUCUGGAACGAGACGAUGCGAAUUACCGAGCAUUCCAGCUCCCGCCCGGAUCUGUCAGGGAGAGAACAGUCGCAGAUCGAUCCUGAUUCUCCCUCCAGGGUCGUCGCCCUGCCAGCAACCGACACGGUUCAAUACGUCGUCGUGCGCCGCCCGUCGCUCUUCCAACCUAGCGCCUGUCAAAGAUAG